AUGUUGAAUAUACCGAGUACUGUAGAAGAUCCUAAUUAUCGCUAUAAGAUGCCAAAACUUGUCUCCAAAAUAGAGGGAAGAGGGAAUGGUAUUCGUACUAAGAUAGUAAAUAUGGCUGAUAUAGCGAAAUCAUUAAAGAGACCUCCCUCAUACCCAACAAAAUUUUUUGGUUGUGAAUUGGGAGCAUUAAGUAAGUGGGAAGAUAAGGAAGAAAAGAGUAUAGUUAAUGGUGCCCAUCAACAACCUGAUUUACAAAGAUUGAUGGAUAAAUUCAUUUUGAUGUAUGUACUCUGCCCAAAUUGUGAACUUCCAGAAAUAGAUUUAUCAGUUAAGAAAGAAAGAGUUAGCUGUAAAUGUAAUGCAUGUGGUCAUACAGGACUACUUGAUAAUAAUCACAAAAUAACAACUUAUAUAUCUAAAAAUCCUCCUGGUGGAAUUGAUAGUACAAUGGGUAGUAGCAGCAAAAGUAAGAAGGACCGUAGAGAUAAGGAGAAGGAUAGAGAUAAAAAUAGUGAUCAAAGUAAUAGUGUCCUUAAUAAGAAUUCCGGUGAAACAUAUGAAAAGACUUCAAAGAGUAAGAUAAAGAAGAAGAAGAAUAAGAAGUCUAGUGGUGAGAGUUGUCUUUGUGAAAAGGAGAGCUUAACAUUUGAUAGCCAAGAAAUUGCUGAUGUUGUUGAGAGACUAAAUAAUUAUAUUUUGAAGAACAAUGAGACUAUGACUGUUGAUGAUUUCUUUUCAGAAUUACGUGUACUACAAGUAUCUCAGGAUUUUGAUGCUAAUCUACGCUUUUAUGUAGCACUUGUUGCAUUCUUUGGACUGAAUGAAGUUAUUGAUCCAAAAGUGUUUAAACUACGAACUCCCUUUAUAAGCAGAGUCGUUGACGGAUCUUUAAGAUCAAAUGCAAUUCUCUCUAUAUUUGAAACAUACUGUGUUGAGAGAAACCCACAUACUUUAGUGACAUAUCCUUACCUAUUACAACAACUAUAUGAUUCGGAUAUUCUGUCUGAACGUUCAAUUUUAAAAUACUAUCAAAGAGACUCCCCAACUAGUUCUGGUAGCUAUUGCUCCUCAUUUGAAACGUUUGAGAAGGCAAAGUUAGCCUGUAAGCCUUUCAUUGAAUGGUUAUUAGAUGGUAGCGAUGAUGAUGAUGAUAAUGAUGAUGAUUAUGACGAGAAUGGCACAAAUAAUUCAGAUUGCGAAGAAGAGACACCUUCGUCAUCUGCAACAAAAAAUUCCAAUAUUAAAGUAAAAAGCUUAAAUGUGAGUAAGGGAACUCAAAGUAGUCAUUUUAUUCAAGAUAAUGAAGAGACUGGUACCUUGGAUGAAAAUACUCCACAGGAGGAAUCUGAUGUAGAUAUUGACAAUAUUUAG